UCUAUAAUCCCCUCGUGUGCCAUUGCAUAUAUAUACUUCCUUCCUACCAAGCAUAUCUGCUAUCUGCAUACUAACAUUGUCUCCUUGUCUUGUCUCUCGAAAAUUGCAAUGGCCAUCAAUACAGCUCCGCCGGCGCCGGAUUUGUUAGAUUUGGACAACCUACGAGCCAUCAAAGUACUAGGCAAAGGUGCAAUGGGCACAGUAUUCCUCGUCCAUCACAUGUCAAACGACCCCUUUGCCCACCGCCCCUUCGCCCUCAAGGUGGUGGAGAAAUCAUCCCUCCGUCACGCCGACCGCCGCGCUCGCCACGAAAUCUCCGUCCUCAGCCGCUUCCACAACCACCCUUUUCUGCCAUACCUCAUUGGAUCUUUUGAAAAUCAUGAAAUCAUUUGCUGGGCUACCCCGUUUUGCCCCGGCGGUGACCUCAACGAGCUCCGGUACCGCCAAAACGACCGAGCUUUCUCGUCGGCGGUCAUCCGUUUUUAUUUAGCGGAAAUCAUUUGUGCUUUGGAGCACCUCCAUUUACAAGGCAUUGUUUACCGGGAUUUAAAGCCGGAAAACAUCCUCGUACAACAAUCUGGCCACAUCACGUUAACGGAUUUCGACCUGUCGAGAAACCUAGUCCAAAGGAAACCGGAUAAUCUGCAAAUUUACUCCGAUCCGCAGGAAAAUUCACCAGCAAAUUUAAAGAACCCUCAUCUCGCCGGGAAAUUCAAGCGCUUCAUUAUUUCGAAAAGAGGAAAGCAUGCAUUGAACAAUAACAUGACAGGGUUGAAGAAGGCAAAAAGUGCUCGCGUGUCGCCGGUUAGCCGGAGAAACCCAGAUGAUUUUUCGAGGAAUGAGCGGUCGAAUUCCUUCGUGGGCACGGAGGAGUACGUCGCACCAGAGAUUAUACGCGGCGAUGGCCAUGAAUUUGCCGUCGAUUGGUGGGCUCUUGGUGUGCUAGGCUACGAAAUGUUAUAUGGAACGACGCCGUUUAAGGGUAAGAGCAGGAAAGAAACAUUUCAGAAAAUACUGUUGGGCCGGCCAGAAUUUUUUGGCAAGCCCAGUCCAUUAACGGAUUUGAUUCGAAAGUUGUUGGAAAAGGACCCCACGCGCCGCCUCGGGUAUCGGAGAGGCGCCUGCGAGAUUAAGGAACACGAGUUCUUUCACGGCUUGAAGUGGGAUUUACUAAAGGAAGUUGUACGGCCUCCAUUUCUACCAUUAAAAGACGAGAUUGGAGUAAUAGACGACUUAGUUAAAUGCGAAAUUUACAUUAUGGAGUACUUUCACAAGUUAAAGAAUCCGUCAUCACCUUUAUGGUCACCGACACCUAACGAAUGUCAACUUAACGUUUUGUUAUCGGAAUUCUAAUAGCCUGAUAAAGACUGUAAUUUAGUUAUUUUAUUUUUGAGGAGACGCGUGUACAUAAUAAUAAGGGGUUGGACGUGAAAAACGGCUGUGAUUAAGAUUAGUGUUAUCGGUUAUAGGUGCAAAUUAUGAUUAAACGCAUUGUAAUUUAGUUGACCAUAAUUGCAUUUGUAUACGCCCUUGAGGUGGAGCGUGGUAUACAAUUGGCAUUGGUAGAUGAAUAAUGAAGCUGCUUGAAACGUAAGCAUAGAAUUUGAAGUCCUUGUAGAUAUAUUAGCAAGAACUCUUUAAUCUAAUUUCCUAUA